AUGGCGGGUACCAGAAACUACGAUUUCCUAAUCAAGCUGCUCUUGAUCGGAGAUUCCGGUGUCGGCAAGUCCUGCUGUCUCCUGCGUUUCAGUGAAGACUCCUUCACCCCCUCUUUCAUCACCACAAUCGGUAUCGAUUUCAAGAUUCGCACAAUCGAGUUGGAUGGCAAGAGAGUCAAGCUGCAGAUCUGGGACACAGCUGGCCAGGAACGUUUCCGUACUAUCACCACAGCAUACUACCGUGGUGCUAUGGGAAUCUUGCUUGUCUACGAUGUGACUGAUGAGCGCUCAUUCCAAAACAUCCGUACCUGGUUUUCCAACGUCGAGCAACACGCCAGUGAAGGAGUUCACAAGAUCCUUAUCGGAAACAAGUGUGACUGGGAAGAGAAGAGAGCCGUUACCACUGAGCAAGGACAAGAGCUGGCUGAUGAACUUGGCAUCCCCUUCCUCGAGGUCUCCGCGAAGAAUAACAUCAACAUUGAGAAGGCUUUCUACAGCCUUGCCACAGAUAUCAAGAAGGGCAUGGAUACCUCUAAGACUGAGUCUUCUGGUGCCCAGGGUGUCAGUAUAGACCAGCAGGGAUCUGGUCUGAACGGUGGCUCUGGAGGAAAGUGCUGUUAA